GCCACUUCCGGGUGCGGUCGAGCAGGCAAAACAGGAAGAACAUGGAUUAAAUACACCGCCGAGACGCCGCUUUUAAACGCAGAGGUCACCCCCGUCAGCGCCGAGUCUGGAUUGCUGGAGAAAAUGACAUUUUAUAUCAAAACUGUGUCACACUGAGAAAAUAACGUUGUUUUUUUUUUUAAACCGUAAAGCCGGCCUGUUAGCGUUAGCGGGCAAGCUAGUGAGAAUUAGCAUUAUCUUCUCUCCAUUGUUGACUCGCUGCCAGCCUCAUUAUUGUCACCCAGUCUGCUGCAUUCUUUCCCACUAACUCUUAACACCUACUCCAGAUAACGUUUUUUUUUCGGUUUUAAUUCUCGACGAAAUGGAUGUGAGCCGGACUCCAGUCACUUUAUUCAGAAAAUAACAUAUAUCCACGAACGACGGCUUCUUCUUUUUCUCGCCCAUAGAGAAUUUCAUCGACUAAUUCGGAAAGAAGACCUUUUACAUUUUUUUCACAGCAAAAUUUGGAGACUCUACUCAACAGGUAGUGAAGGAUGGAUGGCCUGUCUAUCAGUGAGCUCUGUGGCCUGUUCUGCUGCCCGCCUUGUCCCAGCCGUAUCGCAGCCAAGCUAGCCUUCCUGCCCCCGGAGCCCACGUACGCCUUCAUCCCAGAUGCAGACCCGGCCUCCAACGCUGCGGGGGCGACGAAGGCUUCAAGCCUGCGGCCUAGAAGCGGCGUGGCCGUCGCCGGGAGCGCACCGUCAGAGGGAAAAUGGAAACUUCAUCUGACGGAGCGCGCCGAGUUCCAGUACUCGCAGAGGGAGCUGGACACCAUCGAGGUGGCGCUCGCUCAAUCCAGCAGAGGGAACAAAAUCGGCUGCAUGUACAUCCGCUGUGCUCCUAAUUCCAGAUUCACGGUGCUGUUUUCCCACGGUAAUGCAGUGGACCUUGGCCAGAUGAGCAGCUUCUACAUCGGCCUCGGCACACGCAUCAACUGCAACAUCUUUUCCUACGACUACUCCGGCUACGGCGUCAGUGGCGGCAAACCCUCUGAGAAGGACCUCUAUGCCGACAUCGACGCCGCCUGGCACACUCUACGCACGCGGUAUGGUGUCAGCCCAGAGAGCAUCAUCCUGUACGGACAGAGCAUCGGUACGGUUCCCACAGUGGACCUGGCGUCUCGGUACGAGUGUGCGGCCGUGGUCCUUCACUCGCCGUUGACAUCUGGCAUGAGAGUGGCUUUUCCCGAGACAAAGAAGACCUACUGUUUUGAUGCUUUCCCCAACAUCGAGAAAGUGUCCAAAAUCACAUCCCCGGUGCUCAUCAUCCACGGGACGGAGGACGAAGUGAUCGACUUCUCCCACGGCCUGGCUCUGUUCGAGCGCUGCCCCAAGGCAGUGGAGCCCCUGUGGGUGGAGGGGGCGGGACACAACGACAUCGAACUGUACAGUCAGUACCUGGAGCGCCUGCGUCGCUUUAUAGGACAGGAAGUCACCUUACCACAUGCCUGAGCGCUCAUUUUGGAACCACUCCACCAGCUCAUUGUCUCAUUGACACAGCAUCACAUCCACACAUAAAACACAAACAUUUGUUUUGUUUCGGAAAAAUGUUUGACUUUGUUAUAUCCUCGAAAUUUAAAAUUUUUUCUUUAAAAAUAACUACUUUUUUUCUUGGAAAAACAUGAAUUUUUUUUAUUUUAAAAAUAAUUACUUUUUUUCAAAUUUGAAAAGAUGACUUUCUUGAAAAAAAAGAUGGUAAAAUAUUUUAAAUGACAACAUAUCUUUUGUGAAAAACAUACUUUUUUUUGCAAAAUUUCAUAAUUUUCUGGGGGGAAAACUUUUAAAACUAACUUUAAAAAAUAUGGUUGUUUUGAGGUCAUGGUUUUUCAUAAACAAAAACAUGAUUUUUUAUAUUUACAUUAAUUUGAUUAUUUGACUUGGAAAAUGUGUUUUGUUUUUGAAAAAAUGUGACUGUCAUAUUAUCAAGAUUUAACAUUUUCUUUAAAAAUACUUUUUUUCUUGGAAAAACAUGACAAGUUUGUUUAAAAAUGUCUACUUCUUUCAAAUUUGAAAAUAUGACUUUCUUGAGAAAAAAAGAUGGUAAAAUAUUUUUUAUGAAAAAAAAUCUUUUGUUGAAAAACGGACUUUUUUGCAGGAUUGCAACAUUUUCUGGGGGGAAAAAACUUUUAAAAAUGACUAAGAAAUGUGUUGGUUUUUUUUUAAGUCAGGUGUUUUUCAUAAACGAAAAAAAUAUUUUUUAAAUUUAUUUGCCUUAGAAAAUGUAUUUUGUUUCUGAAAAAAAUGUUGACCCUAUAUUAUCUUUAAAAAAAAAAAUAAAAAAUUUUCUUUAAAUAGUCGUUUUUUUUCCCCAAAUUUGGAAAAAUGGCUUUUUCUUGAAAAAAGAAAGAACAUUUUUCAUGAAGAAAAAUCCCAAACAUAUUUUAUAUAUUUAAUAUGGAUUGUUUUGUAAAAAAACUGACUUUUUUUUUUUUCGAAGAUUGCAACAUUUUCUGGGAGUAAAAGAAAAGAACUUAUAAAAGUGACUUUAAAAAAUGUGGUUGUUAUGGAGUUAGGUGUUUUUCUUAAAAGAAAACAAUAUUUUAAAAAUUUACAUACAUUUGAUUAUUUUACUUAGAAAAUAUGUUGGGUUUCUGAAAAUAUUUCCCUUUGUAAUAUGAUCGAGAUCCAAAUUAUCUUUAAAAAAAAAAAAACUCAACUUUUUUUCUUUUAAAUUAUCCCCUAUUUUCCAAAUUUGAUAAGAUGGCUUUUUCUUGAAAAACAAGAUGUUAAAAUAUUUUUCUUGAAGAAAAGUCAAAAACAUUUUUUAUAUAUUUAAUAUGAAUUGUUUUUUUGUUUUUUUUCCAAAAUUGCUACAUUUUCUGGGGAUACAUUUUUUUUAUUUAUAAAAGUGACAAAAAAAUGUGGUUUUUUGAAGUCAGGUGAUUUUCUUAAAAUGAACAUUAUUCGAUUAUUUGACUUGGAAAAUUUGUUGGGUUUCUGAAAAUAUUUGACUUUGAUCAUGUGAUUGAGAUCAACAUUUAAGAAAAAAAAAGUUUUUCUUGGAAAAACAUGACUGUAUACUUUGUUUAAAUAGCAACUUUUCUCAAAUUAAAAAAUGUUACUUUCUUGGAAAAAAAAGAUGGUAAAAUAUUUUUAAUUUAAAAAAUAUAUUGUGAAAAACUCACUUUUUUUGCAAGUUUGCAACAUUUUCUGUGGGAAAAAACAUUCUAAAAGUGACUUUAAAAAAGUGUGGUUGUUUUGAAGUCAGGUGUUUCCUAAAAGAAAACAAUAUUUUUUCAAUUUACAUUAAUUCGAUUAUUUGUCCUAGACAAUUUGUUGGGUUUCGAAAAAUAUUUGACUCUGUCAUUUGAUUGAAAUCAGAAUGUUGUUGGAAAAAGUCCAACUAGUUCUUCAAAUUUGAAAACAUGACUGUUUUCUUGAAAAAAAAAGAUUGUAAAAUUUAGAUUUUAUUUAAAAAAAAAUCACUCCCUUCAAAAGCCUAUGUUUUAUUUUAAAAUUAAUUAUUUUGAGAAAAACUGAUUCUUUCGCAAAAAUGCAAAUAAUUUUCUGGAAAAAAAUACUUUUAAAAAAUUGGUUUUGAAGUCAGGUGUUUUUCCUGAAACUAAAAAAAAAUAUUGUUGUAUUUACAUUUUAUUUUAUUUUUUAUAACACAGGGAAUGUCGUAAAUCAAUGUUGGCCUGCUCAGUAGACACUAAUAAAAAUAUUUUUCCCCAAAAAGUCACAUUUUCUGUCUUGAAAAAUAAUUUUAAAAUAAUUUUAUUCCCCGAAAAUUUAAUAAAGUCAGAUUUUCUUCUUUUUUUUAAAAAUGUUUUUCCCAAGAAAAAAAGACUUAUGUUUUCCUGAUGAAAUACACACGGCACUACAAUACAGUACAUAUCAUUUCCCUCUCUCUGAAGUCCAUUCUGGUUCCAGUCAGAAGUUUUCACCCACGUUCUCAUUGUGGAACACGAGCACGUGGGUCCAAACUUUCCCCUGGUUCUCAUUGUACAAAACCCCAGGAAGAUACUUUUCCAGAUUGUUGUGUUCAUGUUUCUCAGGUUCUAAACUCAACAUGUAUUCAACAUCAGAGCUGGCAGGGACCUUUGGCGCCCUCUCGUGUGGCGGACAUGAACUGCAGUUAAAUGGAAAGACUUGUCUUCUACCUCAAAACUGUCUUUGACUUUUAAUUGUGUGACCGGAAGUCUCAAAGUUCACACACUGUUGACCUGUUGGGCGAAUGUGAACGAAACCCAGGUGACAUAACGGAACUUUGAGUUGUUUGAUGUGACUCUUAGGAGCGAUUAUUGUAACUCUUGUGCACACGAUGAAUGCUGCAAUACUUUUUAAAGCUGCUUUUUUGGUGGCGGGAGCUUGAAUAGACGACGAAGCCCUCCACCAGACCUUUGAAUAGUGGUUAUUAUUUCCUAGUUUGCACUAAACAUCUCCAUUUUGAUGGUUUUUCUCACUGUAUUUGUACAAGAUGAUCACAGUGACCCUUUUCUAAUGUUUGUGUUCUGAACGAUGAUAUUAUUAUUAUUAUAAGAAUCUAAGUUGUUUUAUUUCUUCCAUGCACAUAUCUGAUGUAACCACAGUACUUUACUUGUUUGACUGCAGACAUGACUUCACUCAACUUUCAUUCUACCUUGGAACAAGAAUCCAAUAAACAUCCUGUCAGGAGGA